AUGUUUGAUAUAUUAUUUGGGUGGCGAAAGGCUUCAAAAUGCAAGAAACUGAUAAAAAUGGCCCGCUGCCGGCUGAAGUUGGUGAAGAACAAGAGAAGCUGCGUGUCGAGGCAGUCGAGAGACGAUGUCGCUCAGCUUCUCAAACAUGGCCAUCACCAAAUUGCCUUCCGAAGGGUUGAGCAGGUGAUGAGGGACGAGAGUCUGAUCCAAGUGUAUGAUCUGCUCGACUUGUAUUGCGAGUGCCUAAUCUUUCGUUUUCCUUACAUUCGCAAAUGCAGGGACUGCCCGAACGACAUAAAUGAAGCAGCGUCGACUCUGAUUUACUCGUCGGCAAGGUUUGCUGAGCUUCCGGAGCUGAUGCCGAUUAGGAAGCUACUGGGCGAAUGCUACGGCCAAAGAUUUGUGAAAACCGCACUCGAAUUACUUCCGGGGAACCUCGUCAACCUUCAGAUAAAAGAUUAUCAUUUGUUGAGGAAAAAGGUUACAGAGGACUCCUCCAAGUACAGAUUGUUGGCAGAAAUAGCAAGCGAUUGCAUGCAGCAAGGACCUCUGCUCCUCGAGUACGACAAGUCGGAUGACGGGGACAAUAAUUUUGUGACUCCUCGAUGUGGGGCCCACCAUAAAGAUGAUGUGGAGGAGUUUGUUUCGCCUGCCAAAGACCAGAGAUUGUUUGUGUUCAGGCUUUUCGUGAACGAGAAAGAAUGUUACGGGUGGCCUGAAAUUUAUAAUAAUAAUAAUAUAAACAAGUUCCCCGGACAAGAUUACUAUAGCGAUGAGGACUUUCAAAUGCCGAGUGAAAAGGAAGGAGAAGAGAUUGGAAUUGAGUGGCAAGGGUUAAGAACUGUGGUGAGUAUGCCUUGUGAAAGGCCAAAACCGAGUUUCGAAGAUGGCAACAUCAUGAGCAUAAUCCCAUUCCCGUGUCGCCAUAUCCACCCAAAGCUUCCGGAUUACGAUGAGCUUGCCGAAAAAUUCAAGGCGCUCAAGAGGGAAAAGCAGCAUGGUAACAUGCAUACGCUGCAUUCUUUGGGGUCGGUUGGACCUGCUCUGUUACCCAAAACGGGCCAGGUUGGGUCCGCCCCAUCACUAUACGGGGCAGGUCCGGGUAUUGAUAUUCGCCCUGCCCUCACUCGUCUCGCCCUGCCCCAUCCCGCCCCGACCUGGCCCGGCCCAAUUAAUAAUAGCCCAUAUGGGUAG